AUGCAAAAAAUUAAUAAAGAUUUACUAAAACCAACAACAUUGAUACCUGAUGCUGCUGAUGCAAUUAAAAAUAGUUUUACAAAUAUAUUCGCUUCUUCCUAUAAUCAAAUAAUGUGUUGGACACAUACGAAAAGAAAAGUUGACAAUCGUGGAUAUUUUAUAAAUUAUUUUCAUAAUGAAUGGCUCAAAACAAAUGAUGGUUGGUAUGAAGGUAUACAAGUUUAUUCACCGAGCACAAAUAAUGCUUUAGAAGUAACCAUCAGAACAAUUAAAGAUGAUGGAACAUUCAGAGAACGUCAUGUUUUAUCAAGAUUUUUGACAAUAGCUUCAAAUAUUGUCAAUAAUUGGUCCAUUGAACGAGAUAUCACAUCAAUCAAUGAAAACAUAUUUGCUACUGAACCAACAACAUCUUUAGAAUUAUGGACUUUAUCUUAUCAAUGA